AUGUCUGUUCUGAUAUACAGUAAAGGAAGAGACUAAGCUAAAUUAGAGAGGUGUGAUGACACAAUGCGCUUCUCAGCUUCCGUGUCUUUACUUCUGAAGUCAUUACGAAGCUCAUAACUGCUUACGAGUGCUGUACGAGUGAAGGAGGAACAGGCUGAUUAAGACCGUUAAUAUUCAUUAAAAGAGUAAGAGAUUUAUUUUAUAUUUAUAAGGAUAGUUUUGGUGUAAAUUCUACACAUGGUGGAUCUUCGAGUGUCGUCUGUCUGAAGGCUGAUGUCACCAUGUUUUAUAGAAUGUCGAGAAAUAUUACAGUAACAAUCCUCAUGUUACUGACAGGAGUUCAGGCUCAGCAGAGUGUAACUUUUUCAUCUCAGAGUCUCUGUGUUGUUAUUGGAUCUACAGUAAAAAUCCCCUGUACAUUUAAACCUGGUCACUUUGGUGUCACAGAGAGACAGUGGUUUCGAGUCCAGAGUUCUGAAGGAGAACCACAAGACCUGAGCAAAGAUCCAGAAUAUUCAGGACGUGUGUCUGUAAACACCUGGGGGUUUGACUGUAGCCUGACAGUGAGUAAUGUGAGAGUGAGUGACUCUAGAGUUUAUAAUUUUAGAUUUAAAUCACAGAGCCGUGACUGGAUAUCAGGUUCAUCUGGAGUUCUACUGACUGUUACAGACUUGCAGGUUAAGGUGGAUCCUAACACUGUAGGACAGAGAGAAGUGAAAGUGACCUGUAGCUCCACCUGCAGACUCAACACACAUGGUUUCUACUGGUAUAGGAAUGACCAGAAUAUCAAAUACACAAAAAUCGCCUCCAUUGUACUUGACUCCACCAGUGGAUCUGAUAAAGGCAGCUACUGCUGUAAGGUGUAUGGGAGUGAACACCGCUCUCCUCCAGUGUGUGUACUGGGUAGAGAGUGUUGGGGUGUGACUUACACUGCUGAACAUGUGUGUGCUCUGAAAAACACAUCAGUUGAUCUUUCCUGCUCUUAUAAAUAUCCUGCAGGCCUCACAGUGAUAAAAUCAUUGUGGUUCAUUAAAGAGCAGGUUAAUGUUGGGCCUGAGGAUGUGAGAGAGGAUGAGGAGUAUCAGGGCCGAGUGCAGUACACACAGAGCUCCCAGAAUGACUGUAGUCUGAGAAUCACUAACCUGAGAGAGAGAGACGCUCAAACAUACAGGUUCAGAUUCCACACUGAUGAUCCUAAAGGAAAAGCCACUGGAAAACCUGGAGUCUCUCUGUCUGUCACAGAUCUGAAGGUUACAGUAUCAGACUCGGGUAGAGGACAAAUCGAUCUGAGCUGCAUCACCACCUGCACUCUGUCUAACAAACCCACUUACAUCUGGUACAAGAACGGACAGCGUGUUACUGACCAGGACAGAAAUGAACUGGAUGUUAGCAGUGAGGAUGCAGGCAGCUUCUCCUGUGCUGUAAGAGGACAUGAGGUACUUCGAUCUCCUGCUGUCUGCAUUUUAGAUGAGAAGAGCUGCUGGAGUGUGACUUACUCCACCCAGAGUGUCUGUUCUCUGAUUGGCUCAUCAGUGGACAUACACAGUUAUUACACCUUCCCUAAUAAAUACAAUGUCACAGAAGUGAUUUGGCUCACUAAAGCCCUGGAGGAUGUGAGAGAGGAUGAGGAGUAUCAGGGCCGAGUGCAGUACACACAGAGCUCCCAGAAUGACUGUAGACUGAGAAUCACUAACCUGAGAGAGAGAGACGCUCAAACAUACAGGUUCAGAUUCCACACUGAUGAUCCUACAGGAAAAUACACCGGAGAACCUGGAGUCUCUCUGUCUGUCACAGAUCUGAAGGUUACAGUAUCAGACUCGGGUAGCGGACAAAUCGAUCUGAGCUGCAUCACCACCUGCACUCUGUCUAACAAACCCACUUACAUCUGGUACAAGAACGGACAGCGUGUGUCUGAGUGUAAAUCUGCCUCCUGCUCUGUAGCUGCAGUCGGUGGUGCGGUCAGUUACAGCUGUGCUGUUGAAGGCCAUGACAGUCUCCUCUCUCCUCCAUUGUAUUCCCCUAAAAACACCACAGCAGUGGUUCUUUCCUCAGGAGACACAGUGGAGGGGGAUUCAGUGACUCUGAGCUGUAGCAGUGAUGCAAACCCUCCUGUUCUCACCUACUCCUGGUUUAAACAGAGUUCAGCUGCAGACACACUGCUGAUAACAGGCCAGAAUUACAGCAUCAGUAACAUCAGCUCCCAGCACAGAGGACUGUACUACUGCACUGCUCACAACCAGUUGGGACACCACAACUCUACACCUACACACCUGGAUGUGUUCACUGAGGUGUGGAAGCUGCAUGCUGUAUGGGGAGCUGCUGCUGCACUCGUUCCUGCUCUGCUUCUCUCCCUUCUUACCGCCGUCCUGUGUGUUAAGAGGAAGAAAAGAGCAGAGAGAGACAUUCAGUGUGUUCCAAAACCUGGAGAUGACACAUACACAAGGCUGAACCUCAUGUCUAUGUCCCCUGAUUAUGACACUCUGCAAAAUAUUCAGAGUUCUCACAUUGACACUUGCACAACUUUGAACCCUGCAACCAUGUCCUCAGAUUAUGAUGUGCUGAAGAAUAUUCAGAGUUCUCCGAGUGACACUUACACAACUCUGAACCCUGCAACCAUGUCCUCUGAUUAUGAUGUGCUGAAGGUAAGUGCAUGUGUUUGUGUGUCUGCCUGUGUGUGCAUGCCUGUAUGUGUUUGUGUGUCUGCAUGUGUCUGCAUGUGUGUGCGCAUGCCUGUGUGUGUGCAUGCCUGUGUGUGUGCAUGCCUGUGUGUAAUGUGGCUUCAGCAAGAGUAG